GUUUGUCUUUGUUGAACAAAGCUCUGAGUCACACAGGAGACUGGACCUUGCCAACAGACAGGGACACUCUCCCCUACCCCUCUUUAGGGCAGCUGGGAGGCAGGACUUUCUGCCAGGGAGGGCCAGGUCACUCCCGCCUGACUCCCCACCCACCUCCACUUGUCAGCUGCCUCCUCCUCUGAGUCCUAAAGUCCUAGGGGUUUGUGAAUCAUCUGUCAAGCUAGGGUUCUAAGCCAGGAAGGGUCAUGCCAACCAGAAGGCUAUAAGCAGGGGCUGUGUUCAUGGAUCAUGAACUUACUUCCAAAGCUGGUGCUUGCCACCCUUGGGGACAAUCCCAGUUAUAGGGAGGAUCUGGAGAAAUUUGAGGGCUCCUACCACUCACUCCCAUGGCCACAGAGCUGGUUCAUGGGAUGCAGAGACCACAGGCAUCAAUAGCAUUAUAACUUGGGGCUGAGCUGUCACAGGAGGUCCAGGUGUCACAGUGUUCAAACCCUCACCACAAACCCUCAAACAUUUCAUCAAGCGGUAGCCUCCAGAGGCCAGACAUCAAGAAGGGUCUGGCAGGCCAGGGGGCCCCUCCUGAGAGAAACUCUUUGGAGCCAUGAAACAGCAACUUGGACUUCCCAGCCAGUGUCACCACCCUUGUCAUCUGAGAAAGGCAGACCAGCUGGGAGAACCACUCCACCCUUCUGCCAGCCCCACCCUCCUCUGCCGUCCACACAUCAUACGUCAUCAGGCACCCUGCCUGGGAGGUGUGCUGCCCGAGAUUUUGCCUCCUCAAGGUGAAUGCGGCUUCAAGGGGCCAUCUUUGUGCUCUUGCCCCACCUGGGGCCCAUCCUGGUCUGGCUGUUCACUCGUAAUCAGAUGUCUGGUUGGUGUGAGGACCCGAGGAUGCUGUCCUGGUGCCCGCUCCACAAAGUCCUACUGCUGGUACAGACGAUCAUCUACUCUGUCGUGGGCUACGCCUCCUACCUGGUGUGGAAGGACCUGAGAGGGGGCUUGGGGUGGUCCCUGGCCCUGCCUCUCGGCCUCUAUGCUCUUCAGCUCACCAUCAGCUGGACUGUCCUGGUUCUCUUUUUCAUAGUCCACAACCCUGGUCUGGCCCUGCUGCACCUGCUGCUGCUGUAUGGGCUGGUGGUGAGCACGGCACUCAUCUGGCAUCCCAUCAACAAGCUAGCUGCCCUGCUACUGCUGCCCUACCUAGCCUGGCUCACCGUGACUGCAGCCCUCACCUACCACCUGUGGAGGGACAGCCUUUGUCCAGUGCACCAGCCUCUGCCCACGGAGAAGAGCAACUGAGGCCCUAGGGAAAGGGAGAGGAGGGAUGGCCAGGGUGGGGAGGAAGAGUCUGCAAGCAGGGCUGUGGAGCUAGGGCUCACCCCAAUGGGACCACACUCCUGGGUCCCCUGGUGCCUUUUUUCCUUAGAAAUCAGAAAAAUGGGAAAGGGGGGGAAACUAAUUUUACAUCUAAAUAAUAAAAUCCUAUUAGUAACUCUGAGGGUAUGA